UUUGUCUGUCAUAACUUUGGAGUAUUUAUGUGUAGUCUUGUUUAUAUAAAUUGAACAACUUUAUACUUACGGUAUAGAAAGAUACGUGAAGAUUCAGAAGUAGUGGGAAUGGAUACCUACUCUAAACAUGAAGAUAGAUUAAAGAUAUGCAAUGAAAUAAUAAGAUUGACAGUACGGGUAGCCAAGUGGUAUAGGUUACUAGGUUAAAUCCAUGGAACGCGAUUAAGACGUGUCGCGGGUUCGAUCCCCGUAAGACUUUGUGUGAUUCACGAAUUUUUGUUUUGAGUCUAGGUAUUUUUGUGUUAAAUGUUUGGGAGGCCGACGACACAAUUAUUAAACUGCUUAGUCUUUUUAUUUAAAUAAAUAAGCUAAGAUCGCUAUAACGGGGAUAAAAAAAAAUCUAGCAUUUGAAAACAGUGUUGGGUGUGUGAAUCAGAGAUUUCACUUCUACGUGUAACCAGUUGCACUUCAAAACCUACUCCCUAGUGGUCUACAUUUUGAACAAAACAACGUUUAAUUUUAUUAAUCUUAAAUUGUAACCUCAUUAUUUCGAUGAAGGCAUCCAUUUUCUACUAUAUCUAUCACUUUAACACCUGUAAUGCGAUAAAGCGCCAUUAAUAUCUGUUAACAGUCAUUCGAAAUUAAUAGAGCCCAAUAGUUCAAACGUUCUCAACGCAUAAUUAUUAUUAAUCAACUAAGUGCGUGGCUUCCAUAAUGGAAAUGGUUGAUACUAAUACUAUAUUAACCUUUCAUGUCUGAAGUAAUAACUUAAGCUCAACUACAAGUGCCGUAAACCGCGUUUUCAGUACUCCCGUCUAUUAUUUUUUGAAGGUAUCUAAGAUAUUUUUAACAGAGAACAAACUCGCAAAUACCUCGUUUUUAGCAAAAUUCUUUUAUAGUCAGCGUGUGGUUUGUACAACCAUAAAAUUGAGAUCUGGAAUGUAUCAGCUGUUGAUAUACGGGCGCCAAAUGAUUAAUCGCAUCAUUGUUACUGCGGCACGUCGAUAUACGUACCUAUAGUUAGGUGUCUGAUGGACUGCUUAGAGGGAUAAACUCGUUUUUUACGGGCGAAGCAAACAAAGCGUAUGAUUAUGCAGCGGCUUUAAUCUCGUCUGCAGUGUAGUCGCGCCAACGUGCCGGAUAAAACGCGCACACGCACUCCGCGCUUUCUUCCCGAUCUGUCUUAGUGCACAGCGGCAUUACUACCGCAAAUUUCUCAGUGUUUAUGAGUGACAGUACCGAAGACACGAUGAACCUUAAGCUGAAUAACGAUGUCAAAGGUUCGAUAAAAGCUGAGAAAUCGUCGGAAUCACUCGUGAAGGAUGAGCAGAGCAUCAAGCGGUCCCAACGAGAGGAGGAGCGACGUCGGACAGGCCGCUACAUGGCCAUACUGGUCGGCAUUUGUCUGUUCAUCCUCGCGAUAUACCACGCGUGGGUUCGCCGCAUCCCCAUCGUGGCGAGCCUGGUGGUGCCAGCCCUGAUCAUGUUUGUCUACGUCGGCUGGAUACUGUACACGGCCUCUAGAGAGAAGCACAGGUUCCGACUAUUCGACCUGGAGAUGGGUCAGCGCGGGGCCGAGGGUGACGUCACAGAGAACGAAGUCUCCAUAACCGAACUCACGCAAAACAACGUCGAGAUUGCCGUAGUGUCCAACAAGGAUACAACCAACACAAACUCCCCGGACGAACCAAACUGGAAUGAAAUAACCACGGUAUUAAUGAAAGGGGAGAAAAACGUAGCACAUAUCGAACACAACCGCCUACCCAUAAUACUAGUCAAUGAUAAACCGCCUGAAGACCUAGACCAGAAAUGGCUGAACGUCAUUUCAUCCAACAAUGAUAAAUUGAAGAUAUUCCAUACGAGACGGAAGUAUAAGAGGAAAUAUUGUAGAAGCAAGCGACACGCGGCUUUUAAGAGAUCGUAUUCAAUCGGUUGAUUUGUGCGGAGACAAGUUUUUUUAUCUCGUAGUUAUUCACUGUGAUUUUGUAUAAGUAAUUAAUUUUAAUGUUUGACGCCUUAUCUGAAACCAGAACAAGAUUGAAUGCACGUCGACCAAUAGUAUAAGGGUAUUUUUUUACGAAGGAGCAGUGCCCGGUAGGUUAAAAACUACGACUAAUUUUGAAUUUGAAUAACAUUCGUAAAAAGAUCACAGUCAUUUGUAGACAAAGGAAGGCUUCUUUCGUGUUCUAUCAUUUUUUUUCUGGUCUGUGUGUGUUACAUGAUGAUUCGAAAAGAUGUGUAUUUUGUUUAUUUAAAGGUAUUUUGCAGUUUUAGGGGAGUGUGUCUUGGUUUAAUUUUAGAAUUACCUUUCUGCCCCUCUAACUAAGUGACGAUCGUUAACAUCAAUAAAACAUCUGACCGAGUUGACUUCGACAAGUCGCUCUAUACGAGCGUUUUCUAUUGGCGUUAAUUUUGAAGAUCUUUCACUUGGCUAGAGGAGCUGCUUGUUUUAAAUACUAUGAUUGAACUCUAUUUACCCCAUAUACAUCUGUUUAUCCCAAAGCUUUGAGACUUUCGUUAUACUGUAUUGUCAUGAAAUGUGUGAGAAUAUGAAAGUUCAACUCCCUAUUAUAAGUUUUACCUAGUGAUAUGUUACAAUACAUAAGUAAGAUAUCAAGUAUACAAUGUCUUGAAUAUUAUUUAAGUGUACUUUAUGUAAGUUAUAAGAUUGUAGAAAUAACAAUAUAUUAUCUUCAUGCGUUAAUUUGUUUUACUUAGCACCGUCGCGUAAUCUGUCUCCAAAACUGAACUUCCAAUGCAAAAGGAGUUCUAAGAUUUCAAAAUAUACAAAAAUAAAGCAAAAUUGCAACAAAUAGAAAACAUCAAAAAACCACUGGGCCCCAAUUCUGCUAUUUUAUAAAGGCCGAUGAAUUUACA